ACGCCAGCAACUUUUGCUGCGAACGGACCAAUUUGUUUUGUGUUGAGUUUAACAUUUCGAAAUUAUUGUACAAAUAAAUACAAAAUUUUUGUUUUUUAAUAACUCGGCAAAGAGCAUACAAAUAUACAUACAUACGUAGCCAUUUGUCACACGAUUAUAAAAGCAACAAAAAAAAAUAAUCAAAACUAUGAACUGGCAGCCUCGCUGUUGAUGUCUUUUAACGGCCAAAGAUAUAGAUUAAAUAAAAACGUAUAUUUGCAAGUGUCUUAUGUGUAUGUUAGGCCGCAUAAAGCUUAAUCAGCGCGCACCAAUCCGAGCCAGACGUGAGUCAAUAGAUAGCUAAGAUUCAGGCAUUGCGAUGUCAUCCACGGGCACGGACAGCACCAAGCUGGGCGAUAUGGGCCUAAUUGAGGUGCAGCUGGACAGCCUGGACUCGAGUCACAAUUUUGCCAAUUCGAACGGCGGCACACCCAGAGCCAAAGCCCUUCCGGAGCAACAGCAACAGCAGCAACAACAGCAACAACAGCAGCAACAGCGGCAACAGCAAAAGAAUGUGUUCAAAUCGAAGGUAUUCAUCAUAGCGGUUAGCUUCUCUGCGGUGCUAAUGAUUGCCAUGUGCAUUGGCUUUCUGGUGCACUAUGAGUUCGCUGCGGAUGUCAGCGACAUGGAAACGGUGGCCUAUUGGCAUGUGACGCUGCCCAAGGAGCAGCAGGAGUGGUACGAUCGCGGCAUAGAUGAGCUCAAGCUGGCACUGAAUCGUGAGCUGAAUCGCCGUCGGGCCAAGAAUGUGGUGCUCUUUGUGGGCGACGGCAUGGGUCCGAAUACGGUGACCGCGGCGCGCAUCUAUGGCUUCAAGGAGGAGGGCCUGCUCAGCUGGGAGCGUUUUCCGCACAUGGGCCUGCUGAAGACCUACUGUGCGAAUAAACAGGUGCCGGACUCCUUUUCAACGGCCACGGCACUCUUUGGCGGCGUCAAGGCCAACUAUGAGACGGGCGGCGUUGAUGCCGCCGUGCCGCUGGGCAAUUGCAGCGCCUCGCUGACGGAGGCCCAUCACGUACAGAACAUACUCAACUGGGCCCAAGUGGACGGCAUGCGCACGGGCUUUGUGACCACCACGCGUGUGACUCAUGCCACGCCCGCUGCACUGUACGCCCAUGUGCCGGAUCGCCGGUGGGAAUGCGAGACGCGCAUGCCGGCGGAGGCGCAGCAGCAAGGCUGCCAGGACAUAGCACGCCAGCUGGUCGAGCAGUCAACGGGCCAACAGAUCAAUGUCAUCAUGGGUGGCGGUCGCCAGAUGCUGGUGUCGAACGUGACCGGCACAGCGAAUGAUCCGGUCGACAUGUGGGCGGGUCAAGCCGCGGACGGACGCAAUCUCAUCAGGGACUGGGCGAUGCUCAAGACCGGAAAAGGCCAAUCGCAUGCUGUGGUCCAAAACAACGGUCAGCUCAGGAAUCUCGAUACACAAAACGUUGACUAUGUGAUGGGCAUAUUUGCCAAUGGACAUCUCAAGUACGACCAUGAGCGGGAUGCCAGCGACGCCGGCAUGCCCUCUCUAACCAAUAUGACAAUAAAAGCGCUCGAGGUGCUGGGCAACAGCGAUAAGGGUUAUCUGCUCGUCGUCGAGGCGGGCAUGAUCGACCAGGCGCACCAUCGUGGUCAGGCGCGCAAGGCGCUCAGCGAGGUGCUCGCCCUGAACGAGGCCGUUCAAGCGGUCCAGGCGCAUCUGAAAGCCAAGGAUCAGCUGGACGAGACGCUGCUGAUUGUCACCGCUGACCAUUCCCAUAGUCUGACCAUCAACGGGCAUCCGGAACGUGGCGCUGACAUAUUGGGUCUGGCCGGCAAUUCCAAGACCGAGCAAACGCCAUACACGACGCUCACAUACGGCACCAGCUACCAGGGCUUUCAGGUCGACCCGGAGCGGAUGGAACGUCAGAAUCCGGCUCUGAGUGAUACCACAGACUGGGAAUACACACAGCAGGCGGCCAUCAACACGGAUGAGAAUCUGCACGGCGGCUCCGAUGUGACGAUCCAUGCGCGUGGCGCCAUGUCCUAUCUGUUCCAUGGUGUGCACGAGCAGAGCUAUGUGGCGCACGUCAUUUCCUAUGCACUAAGAAUUGGACGCUUUCGUGAUAGCACAAUCGCCGAAUCCUUGGCGGAGCUGAUGCCUUUAUAGAUUUAAAUAUAGCAUAAUAUUAUUUUU